AUAGGCCAACGGUGGACUGGAGGUUUAUUGCUGCGGGUAUGCACUGUUCGAAUAAUGCAGCGUGAGUUUCCCUGUGAAGAUGAGGUAGAUGGGGAUGCUAAUAGCGAAUGUGAAUAGGUGUAAGAGAUUGAAAAGGAUGUUGGAUAGAGGAGCGCUGUUAGUGAAGGAGGAGGGUAAAAAGGGAAAGAAGGGAGCGGCCAAGCUCGACACGCUGUCAUCGAAGAAGAAGGAGAAGGUGACGAAGGUGAAGGGGCCGGGUCCAAAGAGUAAGAAGAGGAAGAUUCAGUCUCUGGAGAGCUCGGACUCGGACUCGGACAGUGAGAAAGAGGGAGAGAAGGCUGUGAGAUGGAUUAAGAAGAAGGGUAGAACUGCGGUUGAGGAAGAGGAAGAGGAAGAGGAGAUGAGUAUAAGGAGAAGGAUGGUGAGGAGAAGGAUAUCUUCGACGAUUAGGUCCGGUCCUUGGGAUGCUUUCCGAGGCGUGAGAUUGGUUGGCUCCUCGAUAUUCUGGACUUCAUCGGGGUUGGUUAGUUAUUGCCUGUACGUUACAGUUAAUUACUUACUUACUUAAAUAUCCUUAUUGUUAAACACAUGGUUAUCUUCAUGGGCCAUAUCUCUUCGGGAAUCGUGACGAAAGUUGAAGUUGAGGUUGAAUCGAGCUUCGCAUGUAACUUACGUACCUAGCAUGCCCGUCCAGCCGUGCACUGCACCCACUCCCAUCCACGCAGUGUAAUCUACCUACUUAGCU